AUGUUGAUGGAUGAAUUGGACAUUCAUUUGAAAAUGCCUAGGGUGUCAGCUCAUCAAAAAAAUAGAUCAAAUCCGAAUAACAUAAAUAAUUGUGAAGACUAUUUCAGAAUUACAAUUUUCAUUGGUGAUAUAUUACCAAAAAAUGUUUUUGAUACUUUGGAUGCAUGUUGUAGGAUAAUCUUCCCAACAAUUAAAUCCUUGAUUUCUAUACUUGCUAGUUUGCCAAUUAGUACUGCUUCCGCUGAACGCAGUUUUUCCACUUUGCGCAGAUUAAAAACAUGGUUGAGAUCGCGAAUGAGCGAACAUAGGCUGACUGGCUUGGCUUUAUUGCACACGCAUAAAGAUAUUAUUGUAAACAUAGAAGAAGUAAUUAAUAGAUUUGCAAAUGAAAAAAAAAAAGAAACGUACAAUUAUUAUUAUAAUUAUACCUAUUUUUGA